UAGCUCUCUCUUUCUUCCUCUGUUUUUGGAACAUACACAUGCACACAAACGCACACUGGCACAAAAAUGCAGAUUCAGUGUUAAUUUGUUUUAUUGGCAUGACAUAAAUACAUCUGAGCUGCCAAAUCACAUAGAGGAGAAAUAAUGGAUGAAGUGAAAGGAAAAAUAAUUUAACAAUAAAAUCUGACAGUGAGUGUCUAAAUAUAAAAUGCAAAUAGGGAAGCAAUUAUUAAAGAAAAUAUACAUGGAUUGAUGUUCAAAUGUUGUAUUUGUAUAAAGGAACCAUGUAGCCAAAUGUUAAAAUUGAAAGAAAAAAGUACAAAAAAUGAGUUUACUUAUUUUGUCUUGUACCGUGGCAGGAUUAGACUUACUUCAAAGCUUGCCAAGUGAUACUUUUAUCCUCCAUCAACAGAAAACAAAGCUUUUCAUUAUUUGGCAAGGUCAUGCAGCCGUUUCAAAACAUUGAAACUAUAUUCCUUUCUCAAGUGUUUGUAUUCAGAAUAGGUCUCUGGGAAGUGUAAAAUCCAUGUGCAUGGUGGACUACAAACAUGCUCCCAUUGGGUCUAUGCCAUUUUGAACAACAAUUAUAUUUCUUGUUUUUGAUAUCUCUCUCUGUCCUCUCUCUGGAUUUGGAUGUUGGUACUUGCUUUUGACCAGGGGAGCGACCAGGGUUUGUUCAGCUUUACUAACCAUAAGGCAGCACUCUGACCUCCUAGCACCUAACAUCUGUCUGUGUUCUGGGAAUUCGAAGACUAACACUGCAGUGUGAAUAAUGAAACAAAACAAAAGUAUAGGGUACCACUCUCUCACCCCUCUGCUCUGUCUCUCUCUCUCUCUCUCUCUAAAUAAUAACAAAAUGUCAUUUGCUGUGCACUUUCUUCUUAUUUUAUGCACCUGCAACUUUGAGGCAAUUGUGUCAGAUGGAGCAUGGAACUUUAUGCCGCACUUUUUCUCAAAGGCUUCUACUUUAUCCACUGUGACUUGGAUUGUACCUCCUUUGUACAUUGCUCUGAACAAAUGUUAAUGUAAAUGUCAUUGCUCUUAGCCAAAACAAGACUGGCUUGGACAUUAUGAAAAGGUGAGGAGAAGGAUAGAUAGUAAACAUAUAUAAAAUGAAUACUAAGUAGUAUAGUAAACAAUAUCUGUGAUUGCAGGGUGUUCAUUUAAACUCAUCUCCUCUGAAUAAAGAUCUGAUAAUAUAAUAAAAUCUGUAUUCAAUAUUCUGAGAAUGUAGAAAUACAUUAUAAAAAAAUGUUUCCCAUUUGUAAUAUCUGCACUAACAGCACCGACAGAUGGUCUUACAUUUAGAUGCAUGCUACAUCAUAUUUUCUGUCAUCACACCUGUUCGUUUAGUCAAUACAUUUCUUAACAAGCAUAUUCAGCAUAUUGUUUUACUUUUUACCAGUAAACUCACAGCAUGACAGAAGGUAUGAUAUGUUUUCUUGAAUAGUGAUGCACCCUGUUGGCCAUAAAUAGCAUAGCACAGUUCAUGGACUCGAAUGAAAUAUGAAACAAUAGAAGGUGAUAAAUACUUAAACAAAAAGAUAAUUAAAGUAAAUAAAUGACUGGUGUCACUGGCACUGGAGUAGACCCUGCAUAAUCUUCAUGGCAGUUUUGCAGUUAGGAUUACAGUAAAAAAUGUUGGAAAGGUUUAUGCAUUAGCACUUUCAAAGUUAAAACUAAGCUUCUCUACUCCAGCUUACGACAAAGGGAUUCUUAAAUCUGAAUGUAACACCAUGCCAUUUCUUAUCAGACCUCAUAUUAUUUUAAGAUGAUAAAGAAAUUAAUAUAAUUUAACUCAUUGUGGAUUUUUACCUGUCUUAAAUGCAAUGCCAAUUGAACAAACUUCCUUUAUUUUUGUUUCACUGGCUUACUCAGCUGAGAAGGUUUUGUUAUAGCAGACGUUACAGCAAUAAAUCAUGGUAGUAUGCUGUGUGGAGGUUUGUUUGUUUUCCUGUUAUGCAAGUCAAAAAACUGACACUGAUAUCAAAACAAUGAAUGAAGAAUGGCCAAACCUUGAGCACUCGUGGGUGCGACUGCUCAGUCAACUGCUGCUUUUUCCAGCUUCAUUGUGCAUUGCGUAUCAUUAUGAAGUGUUCUCUCUAUCAUCAAUGUCAAUCAAAAUCUGGUUACUAUGGUCCAGUGUUCUGGUGUGACCUCUUUAGCUCCACCAAAAUACUGACUUUGAGCUAAAGAAUUACUUGUGUUUGCUCAUUACAUAUUUCGGGGGUUGUUUUUGCACCAGCUGAUCAAAAUUCAUUCACAAUUUAUUAGUUGGACUGAAAAUAUAUAGAACUAACAAUGAAAACUAAAGGAAAAAUACAAGCUAUUCUAAAUAUGAGAUUUGGCCUCGUGUGGAUAACAGCGCUGACAAUGGGUAAGGCUCUGGCCACAAAAUGAGAGGAGAGUUUAAAGCCAAAAGCCACAUUCAGGAGGUUAUUUACUUGGAAGUCGCUCAGAUGUCAGGACAGCUGUUGUAGCUUUGCCGUAAAAAAAAGAAAAAAAAAAGAGCUGAGAGUGACAAGGAGGGGGAGUAGUCUACGAUGCUCUGUCUUACUGUGGAGAAUCUCUCUCACUCGCCCUCAAUCAGCUAACACUCUGUCUUCUUCAUACCAGUGAAUAAGGAUUUACUAGUGCUGCCUUAAAAGACAGUGUGUUGCCAUGGCGUCAAAUGCCAGCCACAUGUUGGAGGCUGCCUUGGAGCAAAUGGAUGACAUUAUUGCUGGCAAAAUUGGUGAAGGGCUGUUUAGUGCCCUGAUGAGGCUGGAUGUUCAGGAUUACCAAUCCUCACAGAGUACCCAAAAACUGACCCUUCCCCCACCAGUGGAUCCCACCCUCAAGGCUCUUCAGCUCACUGACGCCCUCAGGGCAGUGCUGGAGGGCCAGGAGAGUGAGGAAGAACAGGACUCUCUCAGGAAACAGGUCUCCACUGAUACAGCACACGUUAUACUAAAAUGGCUAGAGAGGGGUGAGGUAAACCUCCAUUCAUCUGGCAACAGUGAGUCCUACCAGGAGCGAUUAUCACGUCUUGAGGGAGACAAAGAGUCACUAAUUCUGCAGGUGAGUGUGCUGACAGACCAGGUGGAAGCUCAGGGGGUGAAGAUCAACGAUCUAGAGAGUUCUCUGGUGGAGCAUCAACACAAACUCAACUCCACAGAGGAAAUGCUGCAGCAGGAGCUCCUGCAUAGGACGUCACUGGAGAACCAGAAGCUGAGUCUUAUGGGGGAGGUGUCCUACCUGAAACUAAAGCUGGCAGACAUGGAGGGAAAACAGGGCCACGGGGCUGAGAGGCAGCACAAAGCAGAGAUUGUAGUGAAUUUCAUUAGUGAGCUGCAGGAGCAGAUGUGUAGGUUUCAGAAAGAGAUCAAUAGCAAGAUCCAGGAGAAAAAGGCCUCGGAGAUCCAAGCUGACAGCGGCUCUCCAGUGGCGUGUCCCACUGGGUCCACUGAGGGCCAGGUCUCAAACCCCGGCCCCUCAUGUGACAGAGCUACAGGGGUGACGCACAAACUAGAAGAGGCUCCAGACGGGCCUGAUGGGAAUACACACAGCCUGGGAGAGAGUAGCUCAGAUGCAGAGCAGCAGUGCCACUGUGGAGGAGAAAGUGGUUUGCUGAAGGAGCUCAGGAUACUCAAAGACAAAGUGGAACACCUGGAGGAUCAGAAGUUACAGUAUGAGAAGAAACUUAAAGCAACAAAGGCAGAGAUCAGCAGCCUUCAGCAGCUUCUGCUCAGUAAGAAUGCUGAGAUCGAGAGCUUGCACACUCAGCUGCUGGCCAGACCCUCUCUUUCCACCGAGAGCUCAGAGAGAGAGGAGAUGUACAGGAAGAGGCUAAACACCAAAUACCAAGAGCUCCACAGACUUAGGAGUGGAAUGAAAUCACUGGCAGCUGCCAAUGAUGAAAAGGACCGGCGUAUAGAAGAGCUCACUCUGCUCCUGAAUCAGUGCAAGCAAUUCAGAGAGGUCACUCACAUCACAAGGCAAGCUCCACCUGCUGUUCGUACAUUGUCGAAUGGUAGGACUCCUUCAAGCAGCAGUGAGGAAGAAGAGCAGCUGCUGAUGAAGAAUGCUGACUCUGCUAGUGCAAAGUCUGAGGAUGUUAAGUCUGAUGUUUCCACGAACAGCUCUUCCUCCCAGCAAGCAUCUCUUUCAUCAGGCCAGAAGGACAGUGAUUGCAGAACAGAAGCGCGGACUUUAUCAAGUAGCAUGAGUGACUUAACAAAUGGACCAUCACAAAAGAGUGACAACAGAAGUCAGACGCUGCCGGUGAAUUCGUCUCUGACAGAGGAGAAUGUGAUAGGAGACAGCGGCAGUGAAAUCCAGAGUGAAAGGUCUCCAGAUGGAAGUGAAGAUGGAGACUCCAGCCAAAGAAAGUUGGAGAGACUUGAUGACAGCACUUCAAGCGAUAAUUCCCCUGUUCAUUCUGGGGCAAAUACACAGCCUGGCCAGAGAGCUGUGGGCUCACCAGAAUACAUGAAGAAUAAUCGGAGCUUGAAGAGACUCUGGGGAAAACUUCGAAGAACCCAGUCUGGAGGGCUCCAGGCAGGAGAUCCAGAUGCUGGUCAGUUUAGAAGAGGGGGACUACGUGCGACAGCAGGACCCAGACUAACCCGUACCCCUGAAUCUUAUGACCCUGCACGUGAUAUGAAUAUUCCAUUCAGCCAGUGGACCAAGGAGCAGGUGUGUGGCUGGCUAGAAGACUAUGGACUGGGCCAGUAUGUCAAUCUCACUAGACAGUGGGUUGAAAAUGGGCAGACGCUGCUAUCUGCCACACCUCAGGACUUUGAGAAGGAGAUGGGUAUGAAGAACCCUCUGCACAGGAAGAAGCUGCAGCUGGCCCUGAAGGCAUUCACCACUAAAGUUAUAGAGAAGUCGUCAGAGCUAGACUACAUCUGGGUCACCCGCUGGUUGGAUGAUAUUGGUUUGCCUCAGUAUAAAGACCAAUUCCACGAGGCCCGUGUAGAUGGUCGGAUGAUUCAGUACCUCACAGUGAAUGACCUCUUGACUCUAAAGGUGACCAGCCAGCUUCAUCAUCUCAGUAUUAAAUGUGCCAUUCAUGUCCUUCAUGCCAACAAGUUCAACCCUAACUGUCUUCGACGCAGGCCUGGGGAAGAGAAACAGCCCUCUCCUUCAGAAGUGGUGCAGUGGUCUAACCAUCGUGUGAUGGAGUGGCUUCGAGCAGUUGAUCUUGCUGAAUAUGCUCCUAAUCUACGGGGCAGCGGUGUUCAUGGUGGUCUGAUUAUCCUGGAGCCUCGUUUCAGCUCAGAGACUUUGGCCCUGCUUUUAAAUAUUCCUCCACAGAAGACUUUGCUCCGCCGUCACCUCGCCACAGCCUUCUCUGCCCUUGUGGGGGCUCAGGCCACGCAGGAGAAGCGAGAGUAUGGCAAUGCCACAGGCCACGUUCCCCUCACUACCACAGCUAAAGUGAAGCCAAAGAAGCUGGGCUUCACACAAUUCAGUCACCUCAGAAAGAGGAAACCUGAUGAAUCUGCGGACUAUAUCUGCCCAAUAGACAGUGGAGCUCUGACAGUAAAUGGGGUCUCACGUUUACCCUCUGCAGCACUCAGGGGCCUUAGCCCCAACUUGGACAGACAUGCUGAGAGGCAGGAGCAUGAGGGGAUAAAAGCUCAGGCUAAUGGCCUCAAAGAAUAAUUAAAAAACAGUUGUGAACUCCACUCUAUCCAGUACACUCCCCUCUCUCUCAACAAGUGACUUCAUGAUCAGUGGAAAUCCAGAAAUGUACCCAAGAUGCGUCCACAUAAUGUCCUCAGCAGAUGAUGUUCAUUAUUGUUAAUGUAUUUUUGAACUACAUAUUGCUUAAACAAUAUUCUCUAAAAUGGUGAUGAAUGGUGACAUUGUGUGAAAUGUUUUGUGAAAGCUGCUCUCUGCAUUCCUCAUACGGUUGGAUUCCAAAGCUUCGGCUUUUGCUUUAAAACUAUGCUUUUUACUGACCAUUUUGUAUCUAAACAUCUGUAGAGUUAGUUAGAAUAUUGAUGGUCUUUUCUUGUUCUAUAUCUGGAUUUACUGUACAAUAUAAUAAUUGACUCCAGUUACUUUACGCAUGGAUGUUUCUUAUUAAUUUUCUGUGUGACUGACAAAAAAAUCAAGCCAAAUAAUUGAUUCUUGAUGGUAUACUUACUCUAGGUCAGCACCUUCAAGUAAGCCUAGUUGGUACUUAAGAUUUUCCGACCAGAAUGUUGCCAUGUUUCAUAAGAUUAUUAUGAAUGCACAGAAAUACAAUAAAC